CCUGUCACAUUACUGUUCCCACAUGACAUCACUUUCCUUGUGGGUUUGUUGUCUAGAUUUUUAUCAGCGCCAAUUCAUUUAUUAUUGUUGUUACGUUUAAUUUUGGAGUAGCUUCAUAAUGAAGCUGAGAACUUGUGUUUGGUUUCUCCCAGAUGCAUACAUACUUGACGUAGGGCUUUAAAGUGGACGGAACUUCGUUAGCUGCUCUAUAACAUGCCCACGAAGCUGCACGUUUGUAAGGUCGUACACAUAUGUAUUCUCUUUUUUAGUAUUUGACCUGAAUCCAGUUUUCAGGUGGUGGAGGUGGGUAACUGUACUUACAGAAAAUAUGGACUCAGAUAGGAGGAGAGACAGUCGGAGUUGGGACUGGAACAGCCCACAUUGCCGAGCCCUGCUGGACGAUAUCUUUUUCCGUAAGCAUGAUUAUAUCCAGGCUGAUAGCUCCGAACAUAAGGAGUUCUGGGCUUUCUUUGAUCGCUUUCAGAGGUUUAAAACAAAGAGGGACAUGUCUGCCUCUGGACUUGGCCACAAAGAAGAGAGAGAUGGGAAACACAAAAGAACUGGUACUAGUAAGGUGGAUCUUGGUCUUCCUAAAGAAUAUGAUGCUCGCUACCGGAUUAAUGUAUCUGUGUGCACCACGGACAUCGAGGAGCACUUGGGAAAGUCAGAUCACAAAAGCAGACACAGAUCCUCAGGGCCAGGCACUCAGGAGAUCUCUGACUGCCGCCUGGCCCUCCUGCAUUUCCUGGACUUCAGCCAGAAACAGAGCUUUGGUAAACUUGCCAAGCUUCGACGGGAGCAGAAGAGUCUGCCCAUCUUCCAGUACCGCGAUCGAAUAGUGGAGCUGGUCCGCCUUCACCCGGUGGUUGUAGUGGCAGGGGACACAGGCUGUGGUAAAUCCACACAAGUGCCUCAGUAUCUUCUUUCAGCUGGAUUCAGUCACAUUGCCUGUACUCAGCCUCGCCGUAUUGCCUGCAUAUCUCUUGCAAAGAGAGUCAGCUUUGAGAGUCUCAAUCAGUUUGGCUCAAAGGUAGGGUACCAGAUUCGCUUUGAGACCAGUCGGACCACAGCCACAAAACUGCUCUUCCUGACGGAGGGACUGCUGCUCCGACAGAUCCAGCAGGACAAGUCACUGACUCAGUACCAGGUGGUGAUUGUGGACGAGGUCCAUGAGAGACAUCUCCACUGUGACUUCCUUCUUGGGGUCCUGCGCUCUCUCCUGGCUGACCGCCCAGACCUUCGCCUCAUCCUCAUGUCAGCCACCAUCAACAUCAAACUCUUCUCCAACUACUUUAAUAGUGCUCCUGUCUUGCAAGUACCAGGCAGGUUGUUUCCCAUUCAGGUAAUUUACCAGCCCAUUCCUCCUGAGGAGCAGUCGCCUCGCUCAGAGAAGCUGGAUCCCAGACCGUACUUGCGUAUCUUGCAGGGCAUUGAUCAGCGUUACCCUCCAGAGGAGCGUGGGGACUUGCUUCUCUUCCUCAGUGGUGUGGCAGAAAUCUCCACCAUCCAGGAGGCCUGUCAGAUUUAUGCCACACACACACGUCGCUGGAUAGUCUUACCUCUUCACAGCACGCUGUCACUUGUCCAGCAGGAUAAGGUGUUUGAUAUUGCUCCUCCUGGAGUGAGAAAGUGCAUCAUCUCUACCAAUAUUGCUGAGACCUCAGUUACAAUAGAUGGAGUGCGCUUUGUUGUUGACUCAGGAAAGGUAAAAGAAAUGAGCUUUGAUCCAAAGGCUAAAAUGCAGCGUCUACAAGAGUUCUGGAUCAGCCGCGCUAGCUCUGAGCAGAGGAAAGGUCGAGCCGGUCGCACGGGUCCAGGUGUGUGUUACCGCCUUUACGCCGAGUCAGACUACAAUGCUUUUGCACCGUAUCCUGUGCCUGAAAUUCACAGAGUGGCUCUGGACUCACUCAUUCUCCAGAUGAAGAGCAUGGGUCUUGGAGAUCCACUUUCUUUUGUCUUCAUUGAUCCACCUCCAACUGCCAGCAUCCAGACUGCAGUUACUUAUCUAAAAGAACAGGGGGCGCUAGACAGCUGUGGUGAACUGACCUCUAUUGGUAGUUUGCUGGCACAGCUGCCUGUUGAUGUGGUAAUAGGAAAAAUGCUGGUGCUCGGGUCUGUGUUUAACUUGGUGGAGCCUGUGUUGACCAUCGCAGCUGCCCUCAGUGUUCAGUCACCCUUCCUGCGCAGCUCACAGCAUAAUCCAGACUGUGCCACUGCCCGCCAGCCCCUGCACAGCAACCAGGGAGACCCCUUCACCCUGCUCAAUACCUUCAAUGCCUGGGUGGAGGUAAAGGGAGAGAGAGGUGGUGGCUCAAGGAAGUGGUGCAGGAGGAGGGGUCUAGAGGAGCAGCGACUAUAUGAGAUGGUCAACCUGCGCAGACAAUUCAAGGACUUGCUCAGGAGCCAUAGCCUCCUGGAAUCAGAGGACAGCACUUCCUCUGGUGGUGACCGCGGGCAGCGCAGGGAGAGGCUAACAGAGAGGAGAAAGCUCCAUCAGCUGAAGAGAGAUCAUGAGCAGCAGGAAGGGAGCAAACGUAAAGUCCUGAGGAUGGAGGACGGUCAGGAGGGGGAGUUCUCCUCUGGAUCAGACACAGAGACAACUGGCAAAGGCAAAAAGAAGGACAAGGAGGGACCAGAGCAGAAUGUGGACAUACAGGAAGUAAAGUUCAAGUUGCGUCACAACGUGUCAGAGCUGCAGGAGGCAGUCGGCGUCAGCCAGGACUUAUCUUCCCGCCAGCAAGCUUUGCUGAAGCUGCUGCUGUGCAGAGGCCUCUACCCUCAGCUGGCUCUGCCCGACGAGCACAACUCCACCCGCAAAGACUCCGAUCAGGUGUUUCACACGAGAAACAAGCAGGGGGUGGUGGUCCACCCGACCAGUGUGUUCGCAAGUGAUCCUGAGGUGUUACACGUGCCUGAGGAUGACAGCCGUGAAAUGGGAGCUGAAAGGAAGGACAGCAGCAGGCACCAGCUGCUUGCCUUCGUCACUCUGUUGGAGACAAACAGGCCAUAUUUGUCCAACUGUGUGCGGGUUCCAGCCCUGCAGGCUCUGCUGCUGGUCGCAAACUCUGUGGACACCAACGCUGACUGUACACGGCUGGUGAUGGACGGCUGGCUGGAGCUGGAGCUGAGGGAGCCUGAGGAGGCCCUGAGGGCCCUUUCCACAGCUCUCACCCUCAGGGCCGAGUGGGAGAGGCUGCUGCAGGCCCAACUGGGGAAGAACGCAACAAGCCAGGGGGUGUCCCGUAGAGACAUAGAGAGGCUGAGUGAGGGCUUGGUCCGCUUCCUGCUCUACACUGAGGUCAGUUACACCUUACGACGACUCGCAGCUUUCCAGACCCAAAACCUGUACAUCGGCCCACAGUGUGAAAUAGACUUGUCUUAUAAAGCUCCAGAUCUGAACCCUUUGUUUCCGGGAGCAGAAGCCAAGCCAGACCCCAUCAAAGGAGGUCUGCGUGUGACCAACUUCUUCACCUACAACUGCCUGACUGAUUCAAAGGAUCUCUACAGUGAAUGUUUACGGACUUUCUGGAGCUGUCCUAACUGUGACCUCUACAUGCCUCUGACCCCACUGGAGCGCAUGCAUCAUGAAGCAUCCUGCAGGCCUGCUGGAGAAAAGCAGCAGCCAGAGGAAGACGCAGAAGGCCAAAAGGCAGGCUCCUCCUCAGUUUCUAGUCUCACCAGAGUUUAUCACUGCGACGUGUGUAAUAAAGACCUGACCCUCACCUCCACUGAAAUCCUCAAACAUAAAAGGCAGCACAUGUAUUCUGCCACGUAACUGAGCACAGCACCCACAGAAAGACUGCUCUGCACCAGAAAAACUGUUUGUGGAGUCAAUAUUUUUAUAAAUGUUUCACUCUUUGUCUUUGCUUUUGAAUUAUUUUAAGCCCUUGUAGUCAUUUCCCAGUGUUUUUUUCUUUUCUUUUGUUUUUUUUUAAACUAAAAAAUAUAUUCUGUUGUAAUUCAGAGGGAAGAAAUAACAUAAAUCUUGAUUUCAAAA